UCCUGGUUUUAAACCAGCAGUUUAAAGCUGUCACCAGUCCCUUGUAUAAUCUUUGGAAGCUGAACAUUGGCAGUGGCAAUCAGCAGGAGCUGUAAGGUGAUUUACACCCUGCUGCAUUUGAUUUGUUUUUAAGGAAACAAGCUUUUUAAAGAAGAUUUGGGGAUGGUUUUGCUGGUAUUGGGUAUUGUAUUAUUAUGUUGCUCAGGAUAAACACUCCUAGGAGCCAGUGAUGCACCUGAACCUGGAGUCAUGAGGAGGCUGCAGUGCCCUGUCAUAGCAAACAGUGAAUAUUGGCACUCACAUAACAAAAAAUAAUCUUAUUCAGAACUUAUCUACAGCAGAAAAUAAUUUUCCUCUCUCCUCAGUAAAGGUUUUUUUUAAGUCAGGUGGAAAGAAAUGUUGUGAUCUUGUUGGUUUGACUUCAGCCAGGUGUUCCAGUUGCUCACUGAUCUUAAGCAGCAGCGCAAAGAGAGUGGGAAAAACAAGCAGAGCUCUGGCCAGCAGAAUCUGAACACAAUCAUGUAUGAGACACUGAAGUACAUUUCAAAAACACCCUGUAGGUACCAGAGCCCGGAGACUGUGAGGGAAUUCCUCGUUGCAAUGAAAGGCCAUAAGCUGACCAAGGCAGAAAAGCUCCAGCUGCUGAACCACAGGCCUGUGACGGCAGUUGAAAUCCAGCUGAUGGUAGAAGAAAGCGAGGAAAGGCUCACAGAGGAGCAGAUUGAGUCACUUCUCCAGACAGUCACCAGUAUUCUUCCAGGGGACCCAGAAGAACAACAGAGAGACUCGGCAAUGGCAGUGGAAGACAAAGGUGACCAAGCAUAGGAGGCUUCUAGACCAAAGCUGGCAGCAGUUCCAGAAGAGAAUCAGCUAAUAUUUUCCUGUUUUUAACUUGAUACCGGUUUAAUCCUGUACUGGACAUAAUUGUAAAAUAUAUUACCAUUUUUAUUGCUUGGA